GGCGCUGCUGAGACUGAAAUUAAUCUGAAAGCGUUUAUACAUUCGCUAUAAUUCAAAUACGUGAAUGCCUACCACAAAACAAAACCUUAAACUACACUAAACGAGUUUCAUCCACAUAUAACGACACAACCCACAUAAAGGGCACUUUUAAAAGCAAACGAGGGUUAACAUUCAAACAGCUUCAGAAACGGAAGUCACCAACGGGCUUCUGUAGACACUUCCGCUCUGUAUGAGGCGAGGCAGAAAAAAAGCGUAUCCUCCAUCCUGGUAUUUGCCUUCAUCCUGGUCACUGCAAAGUCCCCGUACCCAAAACAGGAAGCUGAGCAUGAACACAGGAGAUGUCCCAGCCACUGUGACCCUUGAAUCUGUCAAUUCUGUCACAUUUACUCAGGACACUGAUGGAAAUAUAAUUCUGCACUGCCCUCAGAAUGAUGGGGAGGAUCUUGGUUCGGACGGGACCACUGAGCCUGUUCACAAACGUUUGCGAUUGUCCGAGGAUGGGGAGGAUCCUCAGGACUCUACCUCAGCGGAGUACUCUGUUGUCACUCUGCCAAUUACAGAAGGUGAUGAAAGUUUCGAGGUGACAAUGACUGCUACAGAGAUGAGAGAUGGGGAGCUGGAAUCAGAUGAUCUUUCUGAAACACAGGAUAAGGAUUCUUCAGCCCAAAAGAAAGGUAAAGAUGUCUCAGCUGUCAGUCAAGCCUGGUUUACUACAAAAGAGGAUAAAGACACACUGGUUAAUAAGGGUCACAAAUGGAAACAGGGUAUGUGGUCAAAAGAGGAGAUUGAUCUCCUGAUGAGCAACAUUGAGCGUUAUUUAAAGAACCGAGGGAUUCAGGACCCUGCGGAGAUCAUCUUUGAAAUGUCGAAAGAAGAGCGAAAAGAUUUUUACCGCAGUAUAGCGUGCGGUUUGAACAGACCGCUGUUCGCCGUAUACAGACGCGUGUUACGGAUGUACGAUAACCGGAACCACGUAGGCAAAUACACUGAUGAGGAGAUCAAUAAAUUGAAAGAGCUAAGGCAGAAACAUGGAAAUGACUGGGCUACCAUUGGGGCGGCACUUGGCCGCAGUGCAUCGUCUGUGAAGGAUCGCUGCCGACUCAUGAAGGACACGUGCAACACCGGAAAAUGGACGGAGGAGGAGGAGAGACGGUUAGCAGAGGUGGUCCACGAGUUGACUGGCACGGAGGCGGGUGACGUUGUAACUCAGGGAGUCUCUUGGGCAUCGGUGGCCGAACUUGUCGGCACUCGCUCAGAGAAGCAGUGCCGCUCCAAAUGGCUCAACUACCUUAACUGGAAACAAAGCGGCGGCACGGAGUGGACCAAAGAAGACGACAUCAACCUUGUUCGCAGGAUAGCCGAACUGGAUGUGGAUGAUGAGAAUGACAUUAAUUGGGACAUUCUGUCCGGCGGGUGGAGCAGCGUUCGCUCGCCUCAGUGGCUACGCAGCAAAUGGUGGACCAUCAAAAGACAAGUGGCCAAUCACAAAGAACUUCCUUUUCCUGUCUUGUUGAAAGGGCUGCAGGAUGUUGUGGAGGCACCGCCGUCUACGAUGAACAAAGUUGUGGUGGUUGGUUCCCGAUCUGCGAAUGCUUCGCCCAGUCCCGUCACCGCACUGCAAAUCCCGGUCCAGAUCCCAGUGCAGAUCACACAUGUCUCUUCUUCAGACGGUGCAGGUGGGACCUCAGACAGUGAAACGAUCACGUUGAACUCCGGAGCUUUACAGACCUUUGAAUUACUGCCUUCAUUUCACUUGCAGCCCACUGGCACACCUGGAACAUACUUCCUCCAGACAGGAACCAAUCAGAGCCUCCCGCUCACACUCUCAGCCAAUCCCACGGUCACACUCACAGCUGCAGCUUCGCCAUCUUCACCAGACCAGAUUAUAUUACACAGCCUCACGACCGACAAUGAGAAUGUGACCGUCCAAAUGUCCCACCCUGGCAUCAUCAUCCAGACGGUGACAUCAGAGGACCUCUCGGACCCUCUCGGCCAAUCAGAGCUGGAGGCAGAGGAACAGGAACUUGUAAAGGAAGAGCCUUCAGAAAACCAAAACAACACCGGAGAAGACGAACAGAGUGAAGAGAGAUCAAAAGACAUGCAAGAAAGCGAAAAGAGUCUCGACUCUCCUAAAGCAGAGGAAACGGUAGAGAGUUCAGGGAUGGGCGAAGGAGCCGUGCUCAUGGUCCCGUCUCCGAGUAGCUUUAUUCCUACUAAUGAAGACAUCAGCACAGAUUCAGUCCUGCCACUUGGAACGCUGACAGAUCCUAUUCUGCAGAACCAGGAAGAGGGAUCAGACUGAUCAACAAGACACAAAACACUUUAGAUGAUACGUUCCCUUAAAUAGGGACAAAUGCAGCAUGCAGAAUCAUCCAGAUGUCAUCAAAAGAAACGUGCGUGCAUCAAAACACUUCAGUAUUUAUUUAUCAUGCAAGUUCCUGAGCCUCAUCUCUGUCUCAGUGAAUUUAAAAGAAACAUUAAGUAUUCUAAAACACUUGUUUUUUUUGUUUUUUUUUUAAGGUGUAUUUAAAAUGUAAUGCAUUCAUUAUUUUAAAUGUUACAUUUUUGUGUAUGUAUAUCUAGAUUUGACUAGUUUUUGUAACCUACUUUCCUGCUUAACAGUAAAACUUGAUAUAAAGCUACGUGGAGCUACACUGUUCUGAUAUAUUAGAGAAUGUUUGUGUCAUUCCAAAUGUCCGCUAGACUAGACGGCCAUAAUUUAUCGAAUGGUUUAAAUAUUCACCUUACCUGUAAAAUAGUGCCUCUGUGUUUAUUUAUUGAAUAAACAAACUUUUGUCACCACUUGUAUGUCAUUACUAUUACUGUUUUCCCAUUUAAAUGAUCUGUUCUCAUUAAUAACAGUUUUUUUUACUAUAGUUAUUGGUUACAUUUUGGUAAAUCUUAAUUUAUAAACAUCUGACUUGUUCCCAAAAGCUGCUUAAAGCGAAGGACUGUAUUACUAAGUUAAUAGCUUAUGUGUUUUUGUGUGUGUGUUUAUUUUUUGUUUUGUUUGAGGAGAAAUGCAUCUAAUUUCUGCACUGUAAUACCAAACAAAAUGGCAAAAAUGGUGAUUAUGGAGGCUGCUUCUGAAAA